UGCACUUCUCAUUUCCCACCCACCUCAGCUUCUACCCUGUAUUGGACGUCCCCAAGGGCGUCUUUUCUCUUGGGGGCGACGCACAUACCUCGUACGACAGCAGAUCACUACGCACUAGCUCCGUUGCUACUGCGCAGACAGACAGACACGGUGUCUUCUGGGUGAUAUAUUGCUCCGUCUCAUCUCCGCGCGAGACACUCUCUUUAUUUUCUUCACAUUCUUUCCUCCCCACCACCCCUACCCGGACAUACUCUACUCCCCAGGCCCCCACGACCUGUGCCCGUAACCCGUCGUAUCCGAGGCGCAGUCGCAGCUGAUUCACGCAUCAUCAAGCGCUAACGCUUUCAUCCGCCCUAUCUACACCAUGAGUCUUCGGAAAGAACGCUCCUUUGCUUCCAUCGCAGCCCUCGCGGGAUUCGGGAAGCUUGCGCCGUCACCCUCACUAGCGCAGUCCUCGACCAGCACUUUCUCUGCCUCCGAUAACCACAGCGGGUCUGGUGACGAGGAAGAGGAAGAGGAGGAGGAAGAGUUUGUUCCUGCUGGUCUCGUGCGGGCCACGCUAAGGAUAAAGAGCGAAGGGCCGUCGAAGCCGAAGGCGAACGAAGCGGCCGCCCGUCCUAGAGCCAGCCCCGACGAUACCUCACCGCUCUCGUCCAUCAUCACGAAAAUGGACUCCGAUAUACCUAUCAGGAAACGCGUGUCGUCGCUGUUCCGCGCGAGCAGCAAAGGCAGCAAAGGCAGUUCUUCGAAGAUGUACAAAGUAUCAGCAGCCGCGUCGCUACCCGAUGUGCGCGCAUCUCCCUCGCCGCCACCGUCCGCGCCACCCCCGUUACCCCCCCUCCCCUUAUCGAACAAGCUUGUCAAACGGCCUUCUGUCAGGUCCAAGCCAAAAGUCAAACCAACGCAUCAAAAGAAGAAGUCGAUACGUGACGUUUGGAGUGCGCUGGCCCACGGCCGCCGCGAUAAACCGCCCCCUCCCGAGCCGCGGAAAACGCCCGAUUCCGAGCUGGAAAGGGACAGUAACGACGACGACGAGGAGAUCGAAAUACGCCGGCCGUCCGGUCUGGGCGAUGCUGCGUCUCAAGCCGACUGGCACAGGGACAUGGACGGCGGAGGACUGGACCCGUCGCCAACUGACUCGCCCUCGCAGUCCGAAGGCAUCCACACCCCGGAGAAACGGCAUGUGUUCCCAACAUCAUGCAGCCCCACGCGAUCCGAGUCGGGCGAGGACGAGCAUGAAGACGAAGAAGAGGAGGACAUCCGGCGUCCUUCUGGCCUGGGACGUGCCGCUUCGAUCGAUUCGAAUGAGCGGUUCUCGGUGGAAGCGGAGCGCUAUGUGCGACCUUGGGAGCGGCUCGCCUCCAAGCCAAACAGAGGAACCUUAUCCUCUAGCAUCCUUCAGUCGCUGCUUAACAUCCGGCCCUCGCCAGUGGCGCUGCCGGCGCUUCUGUGGAGGCGGAUAUUCUCGUUCCUGGAUUCCGCCGAUGUCUCCAGUGCUGCCCGGGUCAGCCGAGUCGUGUGCGACGGGGCACGUGCAAGGCUGUAUGCUGUCGUCGAUUUGCGGAUUGCUGAAGAUGAGAUCGUCGGCAUGAUUGAUGUGCUGAAGAAGACUCCUGAUCUGGCUUCGAGGGUGGCGGGGUUGGUUUGUGCUGGGUGGCAGAGUUUUUACAUCGAUGAGCUUCCGGAAUUGCCAAACCUGAGCUCUCUGAUGGUAUUUCCAGACAUACAUGACGAGGGCAUUGCAGCCACAGAUUCCAUACUCUCCUUCCUCCGAAAUCACGCCACCCUCUCGCGAGUGGCUGUUGUUGGCGGGGACGACUGCACGGAAGAAGAAGAGCUGAGGCUGGACGGCGCCGACGACCGACCGUUUCUCCCCCGACUCACACAUCUUCACGCUCCAUUGCGACUGGCCAGUGUGAUCCUGGAGCGGACCGGCGCAUCUGCACCUGAGAUGCCGCUAUCAGAGACAUCCUCGCCAGUGGACAAGACGCUGUCGCCUGAAGCGCUGUCUCUGUUGUCGCCCGAUCCACCCAGUCCAUGGAAGCUCCCCGGCUGGUCCCGGGCCAAGAGCGAGAGCACGGACCUGUCAGUCCUAGCAGAGCUCGAUCUGCAGAAGAAGACUGUCCGGCGAAUCCGCAGGAAACCAGCACCCAAGUUCGAGGUCGAGGAAGGCGGAGAGCCGGUCAAAGUCGAACUUAAACGCGUUGCUUCGAUCGGGAAGGCGACGCGGGCGAGGACUGUCUUCCUGCCACCCAAGUUGGUCUUGCCCCUCGUUGUCCGCGUCGUUCUCGCCAAUCCUAUGUAUGAGGGAGGGGGUUCGGUUGGCGGAGGUCGACUCGGACGCGCGAUUGCCAGUGUUUUGGCUACCCGAGGAUCCACUUCCGUUGCGGCUAUCCACGUGCUGCUUGGCCCGAGGGUUGAGCGCCGAACUCUGGAGAAGGUGCUGCGUACGAUGGGAACGGAAAUCGAGCAGGAGGCGAGUUCUCAUGUCGUGUUGCUGGAGGUCCGAGCAGCCGUUCGAUUAUUCGAGCUGAACAAGACCAUCACAUCUGUGCUGCCACUGUUCUCUGGCUUGCGAACCCUGCUUCUAUCCUCAUCUCAGACUCGGCCGGCAGCAACACCGCAGUCAUUCACGUUCCCUCCUUCCUCUCCGAGCGUCCAGUCCGUCUACCUGUCUGCGCCAUCCUCACCUGCGUCGGCAUGUAGCCUCGACACGACAUUGUUGGCUCCGCCGGGUCUUCCACGAGCGAGGACACCAAACUCGAUGCUGGGCGUGGAACCAUGGGCUUGGGAAUGGGACGGGUGGGUUCUGCCUCCAUCCUCGUCUCCGGCGGAUCCAGACUCCGGGCGAUCCAGUCCCACGGGCAGCGCAUACAGCAACUACUCCCAUCCGCCGACCCCCACGCCGGCGAAUCCCGACCAGCUCACGGCUGAGGAGCUGGCUACGGUCAACGUGUGGCGACGAGCCUGUCCGAAUCUAGACCGGGUCAGGAUGCUUUCCGGCUUGCACUGGUUGCGGGAAAGGCACACCAUCCAGUAGGUUCUAUACACUAGAUAGCUAUUUUAUUUGCUGUCAUCUGAUAUUCGUUUGCUGUAUUAUACCUUGCAAUGAUAUUAAAUACAUACCCUGC